GCGCGGUCUCUACCCUUUACGCAAAAACGGAGCCGCACGGAGGAAACAGUGAAACAGCUUUGACCAGCAGAUCCCCCGUAGCAAGUGUCCGGGUUUUGCAUGUGUUUCGUUUCCUAUCUUCCUUCACAAGCGUGUGUUUGGCUACUCUAAUCUACAGACAAUAUACACAAUACAAAGCACAAGUGAUAGCUUCCUUUUGCGCAACGAAAAGCUCAAACGGAAGAGUACGCGCGCGCGUACAGCGUUCCAAAUCGGUGCCAUAAUUUUCUGCCCGAAACAAGAUGGCAGCACUAGCGACUACGGCGGUACGGGAGAUGACUGAUAGUGUAAGUGAACGGUCUGGAACGGCCAGGUCAUCAUCAGCAUCAUCAUCGGCAGCGCCGAUAAUCACCCUAUCGGGCGUGUUUCGAAGACGCAUCGAGAACCUCAAGCACAACAGUGAGUGCGAAAAUGAUGAGCAGCGCCACAACCAGACAUUGCCCUCCUUUGCCGACGCCAAGAUGGCCGCAUCCGACUCCGGUGUGUUCCUCUCGAUGCAGGACAUCGAUCGAGAUCUGCCGGGUAGUGGUGCCGGUAGUGUUAUUGGUACGUCACGGUUGCUCUCCAACGGUGGUGGCAGCUCCGGAGCUCGCACCAAGGAGCCUACACCGCGGCUAGAUCGCGAUCGCAGCACGACAGUGGAAAGCAACGUCGCAAGCAACGCGGGCGUAUUGCAGCGAAAGGUCGUCCGGGAAGAGGAAGACGACCGCACCAGGGAUGGGAAUGAUAACGGUGUAGAUAACGACGAUGAGGAAGUGGGCAUAACGCUGCGGCUGGGAAAGAAGAAACCCGAACUGAGACUGAUGAAGGAUCGUACCUGUCAGAGUUUGCCGGACGUCAACAGUCCGCGCCCGAAAGCGCUGCCGAAGGUAGUGACCGCCUGUGAUAGUACGGAUACGGAUGGGUUCGGUGAGCCCGACGACGACGACAACGACAACGACGAUCAACCCUCCGCUCGGGUGCGACCUAGUGAUACGGGUGGCACAUCCACAAUGGCCGCAAUAGUGGAGCAACCGACCGGCAGCAGUGGAAGUGGCGAGGAAGAAAGUGUCACUGCCGCAACUGCCGUCCCGGCACCGAGCAAUCCACUGGCGAAGCCAGCAGUGCCUGUUGUGCCGGGGCCGCCAAUAUCCGACCCGAACGUACUGCAAGUGUUCGCCAUCGAUCCCAAGCUGAUCAACAAAUACGACGGUUUGGAGCAAACGCUUUACUACAUCGAUGAAAACGGCAGUCCCAAGAUCCGCGAGAAGUACGCACUCCAGCGACAGUUGGCCGAAGAGAAGCGGCAACGAAAGCAGCAGAAAAAGCUCGAGCGGGCAGCCAAGUACGGAAGUUCGCUCGACGGGGAACCGCCGGUGCAGUGUUCCUGCUUUAGCUUCAGUCGACUUUCCCGCAAGCUCAAGGAGAUGUGUAAGGACGGUUCCAAAGUGACGACGGUUGUAGCUACACCCGGACAAGGCCCAGAUAGACCACAGGAAGUAUCAUACACAGAUACGAAGAUAAUUGGCAAUGGAAGCUUCGGUGUCGUCUUCCAGGCGAAACUCUGUGAUACGGGCGAGCUAGUCGCCAUCAAGAAGGUGUUACAGGACAAACGAUUUAAGAACCGUGAACUACAGAUCAUGCGACGACUAGAACACUGUAACAUCGUUAAGCUAAAGUACUUCUUCUACUCCAGUGGCGAAAAGAAAGACGAGGUUUAUCUGAACUUAGUGCUCGAAUAUAUACCAGAAACGGUUUAUAAAGUCGCCCGUCACUAUGCUAAGAACAAAUUAACGAUACCCAUCAACUAUAUCCGAAUUUACAUGUAUCAAUUAUUCAGAAGUCUUGCUUACAUCCAUUCGCUCGGUAUCUGCCAUCGUGACAUCAAACCACAGAACCUGCUGCUGAAUCCAGAGACGGCGGUCCUGAAGUUGUGCGACUUUGGUAGCGCCAAGCAGCUGCUGGACGGCGAGCCCAACGUGUCGUACAUUUGUUCCAGAUAUUACCGAGCUCCGGAAUUGAUAUUCGGGGCCAUCAACUACACCACCAAGAUUGACGUUUGGAGUGCAGGAUGCGUGCUAGCAGAGCUGCUGCUCGGGCAACCCAUCUUCCCGGGUGAUUCAGGUGUCGAUCAGCUGGUAGAAAUCAUCAAGGUUCUUGGCACGCCGACACGAGAACAGAUCAAAGAAAUGAAUCCCAACUACACGGAAUUCAAAUUCCCGCAGAUCAAAAGUCAUCCAUGGCAAAAGGUAUUCCGGACACGCACUCCACCGGAAGCGAUCGCACUGGUGUCCCGCCUGCUUGAGUACACGCCGGGCACGAGAAUCACACCGAUGCAAGCUUGCGCUCAUCCGUUCUUCAACGAGCUGCGGGAAGGCAGCAAGUACCUACCGAAUGGUCGCGAGUUUCCACCAUUAUUCAACUUCACCGAGCAAGAGCUUGCCAUUCAGCCGAGCCUGAACCUAAUUCUGAGGCCCAGAAACCAAAACGAGGCAGCAUCAAAGGCUGGACAGUCGUCCAGUGGCUCCAUGGAAGGUGGCAGCGGUAGUAGUGGCAAUGGUGGUGCCGGUGUUGGCAGCUCAUCCGGCAGUGGUGGUGUCAGUGGCAGUGGCGGUGGUGCCGGUGCCAGCAGCACUAGCGAUCCGACCAACCUGGCACAGCAAUCUUGCAGUGGUGCAGCUGGCGGUGCCAGUGGUAGCGGUGUCGGAUCGGACGACAUGACUACCGCUAGUGGAGGCGAUGCGGGCACUUGCCAGCCAUCGGCUGCCACCUCCUCGAUGGGUUAGCUUUAAUUGUUCUAGUUCCGGCAACAGCCAGCAUACAAGCAAGCAAGCAGAAUAUGUUAUGAAAACGGCAAUCGCCUUCCACGCGAAAUGGGACAACAAAAUUGAAAUCAAAGCAUAUUAGAGUUCUUGCGGCGAAGGACCGGUGCAAACGCACACCGUCGCCGCCCACGGUACAGAAGAAGCGAGCUAUAUGUGUACAGUGUCUGCACGCAAGGCAAUAGGCAAUAGGGCACGCAAAAUCAAUGAAAAGUAAACGAAAAUUUAAUAAUAGCAAAUAAAUUCGUGAGCGUGUAUUAGCAGUUGCUAGGAAUGGUAUGAAUGGCACAGGCAUCAAGAAUUAGGUGUCUGCUGUAUAACAUGUCGAACACAUAGCACUAGUGCUGAAAUAACCGAUGGCAGGUGAGGCAGAAGAAAAAGGAUACCGCUGAACACGGAGAACACAUGGGCGAAGAUUAAUUUUAAUUAUUAAAAAAUUAAAUUAAAAUUAAUUAAUUAAAAUUAAUUUUAAUUAUUAUUUAAUGGAUCGCCCAGGAUAUGGUAUACAGUAAUGUAUCGUGUGUAAAGUUGAAGAAAAGAAAAACAAACAACUUAGCGCAGCGCAGUAUGUAAUGCUCGGAGUGGUCCAAACAACAGCUGGAAGAGGUAGUCAAUCUGUUAAGAUCGUUUGUUCGUUUCAAAUUGUUUUUUUUUUACUUUACAUCAGUCAUGUUUUGGACGAAAAGCGUGCGUUUUGUUUUUUUUUGUUUUAGCCAGUAGAAGCAGUAGAAAGGCCCUUGUACGAAUGCAACAUCUUGAGCAUCGUCUCGUUUGUGUGUGGUUACUGUAAGUAACAGAAUUACCUCUGUUCUAUGAAAUGUAAGGCACACACACACACACAUCCAUAUCCGUUUACGUGGAACACAAAUUUUAAAUUCACAAUCACGAAGACUACUCUACGAAAGAAGAAACCAUCUGCAACAAAGUGAAUAAAAUUUGUUGAGCACACAUGUACACUAUAACCCAAAUCAAAAAUAACACGAACAAGAGAAAAGGUUUGACUAGCUUGCAAAAAGAAUGCAGAUGUUUAGAACCAUCCUCCUGUUCGUGCUGGUGUAAUCCUCAUUUGCGGCACCACUCAACUAAGUUCUGCCUAGUGUGGCUUGCCACAAGCAGAGAUCAAUUCCUCUUGGCUUGUGGAGAGUUGAACCGAAUGCUUGACACGGUAUUGGAUGGAUUCGCCCAAUCUUUAUCUAUUGGAGCGGUUUCAGUAAACCAAUAAAGUCCCCGGAAAUUGCCCAAUCGCACAUAACAGAAGAAAAACACGAAUGGGAGACAAAAUAUUUUAAUCAGAAGUUAACGAUAAAAAUGUUUAUCACCAGGCAACGCCGGGUGGUAUCUUGCACGGGGUUAAAGGUUUUGUUUUCUUUUCUGUUCUUUUUUCUCCAUUUGCGUGUUGACGAUAUAUUUAAUUUCUAGACGAUUAUCUCCAAGUAACAGCCGCAACGGAAUGAAAUUGUAUGAAAGCAGAAAGUUAAUGUUGUGAUUGGACCAAGCAAGUCCAGUGAAGCAGAGUGUAAAACGUAAUAAAAAGCAACACAAGAAUACGAUAAGUGCGAGACACAACCUCUAAACAUAUAAUAAGCCAAUAAUCUAAACCCAGGGCAUUGGUAAGCCAAUGUGCGGGGAGCGCCAGUUAGAAAAAUAGACAAAUAUAGCGAAAAUCCUAAAAAGAAACAACCAACAGAGGGGAGAAUAUAAUCGUAUCAGCGUGGCAUAUUUGA